AUGUGCAAUUAUGAUCAUUCUCCCAAAGGGAGGAUUUGUCUUGGUUGGAAUGCAGAUAGAGUAACUAUCAAUGUCUUGAAGAUUCAUGAACAAUUUAUUCAUUGUAGUGUCUCUUCUAAGGGUCUUUCUACUCAAAUUCAUCUCACUGUUGUCUAUGGGCUUCACUCUAUUCAUGAUAGGCUUCCUAUGUGGGAAGGAAUUAGGAACAUCUCUAUUCAGCAUUCUCCUUGGCUUUGUGCUGGUGACUUUAACUCUGUUCUUCAUACUUCAGAUAGGCUUCAUGGUACUAAUGUUACUGAUUAUGAUACUAGAGAUUUCCAGAGUUUGGUUGAUGAUUUGGACCUCACUAAGGUCAAGAGCAAAGGAGCCUUCUACUCUUGGUCAAAUAAGGCUCACACUGGUCCUAGAACUCUUUCUAGGAUUGAUAGAGUCUUUGGUAAACAAGCUUGGCUGGCCUCUCAUGGGCAUGUUGAGACUGUCUAUCUCCCCCCUUCUUUAUCUGAUCACAGUCCAGUUCUGUUGGAUAUUUGUUCUACCCCUGCUGUGAGAGGUAGACCUUUCAAGUUUCUAAACUGUAUUGCUGAUCAUCCUGAUUUCCUUGAUACUGUUUCUCAGGCUUGGGGUUCUGGUAGUUCUGUUUGGAAGAAGCUUAAUUAUGUGAAUUCUAGUAUCAAGUCUCUUAAUAGCAAGCAGUUUGGCAACAUUGAGGAUAAGAUUAAUCAAGCUAAUGUUGAGCUUGCUGGAAUUCAGAACUUAAUGGCUCAGAAUCCUAAUGAUUUGGAUUUAUAUGCUAAAGAAUAUGAUGCUAUUAAGGUUGUCAAACACCGGAAUGAUAUUCAGGAAAGCAUCUUCAAACAAAAAUCUAGGAUCAACUGGAUUAAGCUUGGAGAUGGAAAUUCUCAUUAUUUUUUCUCACUGAUGAAGAAUAGACAAGCAAGGAAUAGAAUUGACUCCAUCUUUGACUCUAACCAGGUUUUGCUUAAGGAUCCGGAUGCUAUUUCUCAUGAAGUUAUCUUCUUCUAUAAGUCUUUUUUAGGGACUCAGGCUCCUUGGCUUCCUGAUGUUGACCUUGUUACUAUGAGGAGGGGGACCUUGCCUAAGCAAUGGAAUUGCACAACUAUCACCCUUGUUCCUAAAAUCCCUAAUGCUUCCCAUGUUAGGGAUUUUAGACCUAUAGCUUGUUGCAUUGUGGUUUAUAAGCUCAUUUCUAAGGUCAUAACUGCUAGACUUGUUGCUAUCAUUGGUGAGGUCAUUGAUGAUGCCCAAGCAGGUUUUAUUCCAGUCAAGCACAUUGGUGACAAUAUCCUUCUUGCAACUAAAUUUAUCAAAGGCUAUGAUCACAAAUUUAUCUCACCUAGAUGCAUGGUUAAGGUGGAUUUGAAGAAAGCCUAUGAUUCAGUUGAGUGGGGAUUCUUAAUUACUAUUAUGCAGGAGCUUGGUUUCCCUCAGAGAUUUGUUAGCUGGGUCUGGACUUGUCUUACUUCUGUCUCUUAUUCUGUUCUUAUUAAUGGUUUUCCUGCCCCUCCUUUUGAAGCUAAGAAAGGUUUAAGACAAGGUGACCCUAUGUCUCCCUUUGUUUUUUCUAUUCGUAUGGAAUACCUUUCCAGGUGCCUUGAUGAGCUUAGGUUAACUCCUGAUUUUAACUUUCAUCCUAGGUGUGAAAAGUUAAACCUAACUCACAUGAUGUUUGCUGAUGAUCUAUUGAUGUUUUCUAGAGCUGAUAGUGUUUCUGUGAAGCUUUUCUUCCAAGCCUUCUUGAAAUUCUCGGGUGCUUCCAGGCUUUCUGCUAAUCUUGAUAAAAGUGAAGUCUAUCUUGGAGGAGUUUCUGUUGAUGUUCAGACAGAGCUGAGAGAGCUUCUUGGUGUUUCUCAAGGCACUAUUCUUUUUAGGUAUCUUGGGGUCCCUCUCUCUUCUAAGAAGCUUACUAUUGCUCAGUGUAGGCCUUUGGUGGAGAAGGUGACUGCUAGAAUCCAAGGGUGGAUGGCUAAACACUUGUUCUAUGCUGGGAGGCUUCAGUUGGUGAAGAGUAAAAUUCUGAAAGAGAUUGAGGCUAGAUUCAGGUGCUUUCUUUGGACUGGAUCCUCUGCCCCUGCUAAGAAAUCUUUGGUUGCUUGGAAUUAUGUCUGUCUUCCUAAAGGCAACAAGAUGAAAAUCAAGAAGCUUUAUGCUGCUAUUAGGCCUCAAGUUCCUAAGGUUUGGAACAAGGUGUUGAGUAUCUUACAUGUUUCCAAGCCUGUUCAGCAGUUUGGUGAUGAGAUUGAAUGGUUGAAGAAAAUCUGCAGAAGUUCCAGAUUGAAAAACAAAGUGAUCCAUGUAGCCUUCACUGAAACAGUCGUGGCAUGUUUGGAACUACCAGCUCCUCUUUACACUCUGUCUGUGAAUGGUGGGAAUUCUGUUGAGCUACACCUUGAUAGAGGUGACGUGUUAGGGACCUAUGUGUACAAUGGCGGCCCACCUGAUACCCUCAAAGCCACAAUUGAAAAAGCAUCUAAGCAAGCUGUAAUGGGGCUGAGGGCUAAAUUUGGUGUCCAGGUUGAUGACCUCCUAAGUGAAAGGAUUGGCAAGCUAGAGCACUGUGAAUUCUUGUAUGAGAUGAAGAGUUUGGGUUUGGAAUCUAUUGAAAAGCCUAAUGGGAAGGCACCUGUGAGGUGGCCUUCUAACCCAAUAAAGAAGCGUGCUACUAAGUAUGUCUGCGUUGUUUACCAAGAUGUUCUGCGCACUUUGGCUGCUAAACCUGGAGCCCGUGUCUCAUCAGUUGAGGUUAUGCAGAUAGUUGGUAAGAAGUGCAAUGCUUGGCUUACAAAAUGCAUUCCACUCACUUCUGAUGGCCUAGAGUGUGUAUACAGUUCAUUGGAUGGGAAAUGCAAGACUGUUGCCUGA